AAAACAACAAGAAAACCAAGUAGAUCUUAAGAGAAAUGGAUUUCUCAAAUGUUUUUGUGAAAGAAGAUAAUCAAGUGAAUGAAGAGAAACCUCCACCUCCGCGAGUGUGUCCAAGGUGUAACUCAGACAACACCAAGUUCUGUUACUACAACAACUAUAGUGUUUCUCAACCGCGCUAUUUCUGCAAGAACUGUCGUAGAUAUUGGACUCAUGGUGGGGCUUUAAGGAACAUACCAAUUGGUGGAAGUUGCCGUAAAUCCAAGCGUCCAAAGAUGGAUCAACCCUCUGUUUCUCAGGUGGUUUCCGUGGAGAUCCAACAAGCUAAUCAUCACCAACCUCUGUUACAUACUCAAGAAACCAACGAGUUUGUUGGAUCUUUUGCUCAAAAAACCAAGGAGUUUGUUGGAUCUUUUGGUUCUUCUUCUUCUGUUGUUGUUGAGAACCAUUUUGGUUCUUUGCCUGAGAUUCAUGGUGAUAUGGUAACUAAUGUGCCUCCAAUUCAAAGUUUCCCACCAAUGGAGGCCUUUGAUUUCUCUGAUGUAUCGUUCCGACAAGACUAUUAUGAUGGUGGAUCCAGUGAUUUCGUUGGCAAUCCCUUGAUAAAUCAAUCAUUUGAUGGAUCUUUUGCUGUGAGCUCUGAUCAUAACAGUUACCGCAUAAAUCAAGAGGAUCCAAACAAGUGGAACCCGAGCUUCAACAACAUUAUGAACAUGAAUCAUAAUGCCAUCAAUAUUGGAAGCAGAGGAUCUUCAAGCACUGAUCACGUGAACAGAAUCAGAAACACGUCUGUGUUUGAGUCAUCCUCCUAUCAAAUGAAGAAGCAUGGUCCUUGA